AUGCGCGAGGGCAUUCACCGCGCCAUCAGGCUGGGCGAGCAUGAGUCGUUUAAGGACAUCAUCGAGGAGCGAAUCGAGCCGACUGACUCGGAGCUUGCGUCGGACGACGCGCUGGAUGACUGGAUGAUGCGCGAUGCGACGACGGGGCAUCACAUCUCAUGCACCUGCAAGAUGGGACCGGCGUCCGAUCCGAUGGCGGUGGUUGACCAGCACGGGCGCGUGCAUGGCAUGGAGGGCUUGCGCGUAGCGGACGCCUCGGUGAUGCCGGACUGCAUCCGCGCGAACACGAAUGUGACGACGAUGAUGAUUGGCGAGCGUAUGGCGGACUUCAUCGCGGGGAGGGUGUAG